AUGUCCUCUUCCUUGGCUCCUUCAGACUACAAGACGGUCAUCUCUGCCGACGGCACAAAAGUGGCAGCAUGGCACUACAAAAGCUCUAGGGCGAGCGCAAAGACCUUGGUGCUGGUGCACGGAUGGACUAUAAGGUGGGCAUCUGGGACACGUGCAUGUAUGCCCUCCAUUUGCGCGUUUUCGCCCAGCGUGGCUCAUGUUCCUGCCCAAAUCUCAUUCCUCCCACUCACCACCUGCUACUCACUCCCACUCCCACUCCCACUCCCACUCCACUCGCACGCUUGUUCAAAGCUCCGACAUCUUCCAUCCGCUGCUUCUCCAUGAUUCCAAGCUGUUGCAGCUCGUCAACGUAGUGAGUCAUACGCGCACCUUCUCUUUCCCGAUCCUUGCACUGAUGCGUGAUGCUUGUGCCUCUCGCCUGGCAUAGAUCACGUACGAUCUAAGAGGACACGGACGGACCUCUGAGCUAGCUCUUUCCGCGUCCGAUAGUGAUGCCGUGCCUGCGCAAGGUGCAAUCGACUCGCAGACCAUUGCGCAGGAUCACAAAGCCGUGUUGGAGGCUUUUGGAGUCAAGGAGCACACCUUUGUUGGGUGGAGCUUGGGUGGUGAGCGAUGUGUGCCGGCGCGGUAGUCAUGCAUUUCCGCCCCGGCUCAACAUCCACUCUUCUCUCAACCCAGCAUCGGUCUCGAUCGACGUAGCUCUUCAUUUCCCAACACUUUUGGAAAAGGUCAUCUGGCUGGCCCCAUUGCCGUGGGUAGGAUCGAUUCAACGCGCCGUCAUCCCCGCCUAUCUCGCUUCUCUCUUUCCCGGUCUUCUGGUACAAGAUUCCGUCUGUUUGCAUCAUCAGACCGCUGUCAAGCUGAUCGAUAUCUUCUCCAUUCGAGGCAAGUCUCUGCAAUGGAGCGAGAAAUCGAGAUUGGUGGGCAACUUGAGCUUUUGUUUGCCCGACGCUAGAACAGCUUGGGCGACGAGGAUGCAAGAUCCUGAAGCGUUCAAGAAUGCGCUCAAAGCAGGCAGCACGACGUUGGAGGUGUUGAUUGGAAAAGAAGAUCAAUUGGUCGAUUCGAUCAUCUUGAAACGGGAAUUGACGAGAGAAUUUGGAGAAGAGACGUUCGGCUUCGAGGUCAUCGACGAUACGGGACAUCAUCUCGCAUUCGAUCAAACGGAAAGGACGUCGGAUUGGCUGAUUCGUCAUGCUUGA